CGGAGUGCGCAUGCGUUGAUUUUUGUACCGCAACAUGAUUGGCAGUCUGAUGUUUUAUGUGCUCUACUAUUUAUCACGGUACCUGACCGUUCGACCCUCAGGGGCCUCAAAAAAGGGCCUCCCUCCUGCCGUGGUUAAUGACAAAGCUGCGUGGGAUGCCAAAACCCGGAGGUUCACCGAUUUGCAGACAGAGCAGCUGGAGCAGCGGCUCCGCCCAACCGGUGGUUCGAAGGGAGAAACGAAAGAAAGGGUAAAAGAUCCAAGCCCGGAAGUGGAAAAAACUACAAGGAGCAACAUGGACAAAGAACCUCCAACGGCUGUCCCGGAUAAAGAUACAAUGAGUGACGGAAACUCAAACAUUACUUCAGAAGUACCAUCUGAAGUAAAAGAGGAAGAAGCUGGGAAGAGACAUGGAGCAAAUCAGGAGAACCUUCAAGAUUCAAAACAGGAGGAUAGAGAAAUAAUUACCCACCAUAAGGUGCUGCAUAUGGAUGCAGAGAAUGGGGGAAUCUCACCAGCAAAGGAGACGAUGCCAGAGCAAGCACUCGAGGAACAGUUAAAGUGUCUGCAGACAGAGGACAGCAUAAAAGAUACUGCAUCUCAAGUACAGAAACAAGCCAUGGGAGAGUCUGGAUCUCCAGCUAAGAAGAGCACACCGGAAAUGACCAGCUCAGCAGAAGACCAAAUUCAAAUACCAUACAUGGAAAAGUUAGAGACAACUUUUGAAGAGUGCUGGGAUGAAUACAUAGUCCCAGCUGCAGAUGAGCCACAUGAUGGAGUCAGCAUUUCCGAGACGGUGUUUCCCUCCCUUCUUUCUCAUCCUCAGGCCCACUUUAAGCUCAGUGAGCAGCACCAUGCACAAACCAGCUGGCACUUCCCUGCAGGACCUGGUCUCACAGAAGAGGUGCAGUGCCCACUUAUAACUUUUCCUUCAAUGAGCUAUUACCCUCCUGUAGAGCCAGCACUUCCCUUGGAAGUGAUGUGGAGAGUCUGGGUAGAGAUGGAUGAGAGUGCUGCUUCAGCAGAGCCUGCCCUCAUACCCUCCACAAAUGCCACUAUGGACUUCACUGUAAUGUCCUACAACAUCCUUGCUCAGGACUUACUAGAAGCCAACCAGCAACUGUACACACACUGCCCCCUGGAGGUGCUGGAUUGGCAUUACCGAUGUAACCUGCUUUUAAAGGAAAUAGAACAAUGGCUACCAGACAUUUUGUGUCUUCAAGAGGUUCAGGAGAACCACUACCAUGAACAGCUGCAUCCUGCCCUGUCUCAGAUGGGCUACACUUGUGUGUACAAGAGGCGUACGGGAACCAAGACAGAUGGAUGUGCUACUUGCUUUCGUAGCAGCUUCUCUCAAGUGGCUGCCACUCACCUAGAGUUCUUCAAGCCUGAGACGGAGCUGUUAGACCGGCACAAUGUGGGCAUUGUUUUGCUUCUUCGGCCACUGGUCAACCGGGGUUCACAAGUGAAGGAGGUGGGCUCGCCGCUCUGUGUAGCCAACACCCACCUGCUUUUCAACCCCAGGAGGGGGGACGUGAAGUUGGCUCAGUUAGCAAUAUUGCUGGCUGAAAUUGACAGCGUGAUCAAGUCCUGUAAGGCUAAAGGCGAACACUGUAACGUAAUAAUGUGUGGAGACUUUAACUCUGUCCCACACAUGCCUCUGUACCAGCUGAUCACUACCAGCCAACUCCACUACCAAAACCUGCCAGCAUGGAUGGUAUCAGGUCAAGAAGAUCUGUCAUAUAAGGCCAAUUGCCACAGACUGUUGGCACCACUUUGGCCCAGCUCUCUGGGAAUCACUGGCAGCUGCCAGUACACUACUGCCAAUGAGAUAUUUGAGAGACAGAAAUCAGGGAAAUGUCAGUACAGCCACGACUUCAUGCUGCAGCUGCGCUACUGUCCAGCUGCUUGUGUCCGUCCUCAGGGCCUGGAAGAGAUUCCAGGGGUGACUGACAUCACACCAGAUGCUUCAAGGGCAAAUCAUCUUGAUGAUAAAAGCUUCAGACACACAGUCCGCCAUCGGUUAAACCUAGAGUCGGUUUAUAAGCACAUUCUCCCAGGUUCUGGAAAUCCAGAAGUGACAACCCUGCAUUCGGAGGUCGGACAUACAGUCGACUACAUCUUCUAUUCUCCAAAACAUGUUCUUACUGGUCGACAAGCUUGUGCUAGCUUUCUGAACGAUGGCCUGAAACUCAUCGGGUCUCUUUCUCUUCUGUCUGAGGAUGUCUUGUGGUCAAUGAAUGGCCUUCCCAAUCACAUAUUCCCCUCAGACCAUCUCAGUCUUCUCGCUAAAUUUCAGCUGGACCUCAGUAGUGCUUGACGGGAAGAACUGUGAUUGAAUGUUGGAACAUAUUUUUUUUCCAACUGUUCAUUUAUACAUGUUUUUGUUAUAAAUACAUUUUUUCUGCUUCACUUCUGGCAACAAAAUCAUAGUUUUGCAACUGAAUAGACCUUAAUUUUUUUUCCCAAAUAGCAAUGUAAAUAAUGGACACCAUUUUUCAGUCUACUUUUUUUGUGCUUUUCAUUAGAUAAAUAGUGAAAUGUCACAAUUCUUUAAUGAUGCUUUAACAGUUUCUUUUAAAAAUGCAGCCAUUGAUUGCUUUGUUGCUGGUGUGGAAGCUACAUGGACCUGUUCAUGUUGCUGUUGGUGAAUGUUGUUUUGUUUGGGGUGGGAUUUUUUUUUUCUUUUAAAUGUAGUUUUGAAACUAAAUAUUUUUUAGAUUGUUAAUAAUGCUGAAUAAAUAUAU